CGAGCAGCCAGCAGCCAAAAAGUGUUAAAACGAAGUUCGUCUCACCGUCGAAAAGUCGUGUUGUGUGUGGCUAGUGUACGCGCAGAAAAAGAGUCUCCCAUCUCUGCCUGGUAUUAUCGUCAUAUCUCCACCACCUCGUGCCGCUCAUCACGUGCCAAGUGAAACCUGCUUCGCUCGAUUGAAGCCAGAUAGAGAGAGAGAGAAAGAGAGAAACAAAGCGGUAAUCAUAUAGUGAAAGAUCAGUGCGCGAACAAGUCAAGCCAUCCGAAUUUCAGAAAAGUGAUAAGUGAAGCAGCAACAACCCCCCCUUUCCCCCCUUUCUUAAAAUAUCUACAGGUGUAUGAUCAAAAAAUAUUAAGGAAUAAGUGAGAAGAAGCAAUACGGCAAUUAUAGCGAGAGAGAAGAAAAGUGACGAUCGUGAUUUCCACCUCCAGCAUAAUAGAAUCCCGGCGCCAGAAGAAGUAGCAGCUGCCACAGAAUGCCUCUUUUUGGCAAAUCCCAGAAAAGUCCCCAGGAGCUGGUGAAGGCACUGAAGGAAGCGGUCAACUCGCUGGAACGUGGCGAUAAGAAGGCGGAAAAGGCACAGGAGGAUGUUAGCAAAAAUCUGGUUCUUAUCAAAAAUAUGCUAUACGGAACGUCAGACGCAGAACCACAGACGGAAAUUGUGGUGUCCCAGUUAGCACAGGAAUUGUAUAACAGUAAUCUGCUCUUGCUACUGAUACAGAAUCUGAGCCGUAUCGACUUCGAGGGCAAGAAAGACGUCGCACAGGUGUUCAACAAUGUACUCAGACGACAGAUCGGCACGCGAUCUCCUACCGUGGAGUACAUCUGCACAAAGCCCGAAAUCCUGUUCACAUUAAUGGCGGGCUACGAACACCAGGAAAUUGCACUAAACUGUGGUACCAUGCUGCGGGAGUGUGCCCGGUACGAGGCGCUCGCCAAGAUUAUGCUUCAUUCGGACGAGUUCUUCAACUUUUUCCGUUACGUCGAGGUGUCCACGUUCGACAUCGCCUCCGAUGCCUUCUCGACGUUCAAGGAGCUGUUGACGCGACACAAAAUCUUGUGCGCCGAGUUUCUGGAACAGAACUACGACAAGGUGUUUGACCACUACCAGCAUCUGCUCAACUCAGAGAACUACGUCACCCGGAGGCAAAGCUUGAAACUGCUCGGCGAGUUGCUGCUGGAUCGACACAAUUUCACGGUAAUGACGAAAUACAUCUCCAAUCCAGACAACCUAAAGCUGAUGAUGAAUAUGCUGAAAGAAAAAUCGCGGAAUAUUCAGUUUGAAGCGUUUCACGUGUUUAAGGUAUUUGUAGCGAAUCCGAACAAACCGAAACCGAUCCUCGAUAUCCUGCUCCGGAAUCAGGAGAAGCUAGUAGAUUUCCUAACGAAAUUCCACACGGACCGAUCCGAGGAUGAGCAGUUCAACGACGAAAAGGCGUACCUAAUCAAGCAGAUAAAGGAGCUGAAGCCGGCUCCCGAUCAAUAGUAAUACGCGCGAUGCAAGCUUUAGGACUUUGCAGUUUACAAACAAACACACACACACACACACACACACGCGCAUACACUCACACAGAACCUCCUUCCCUUGCAAGCCUUCCCCAUCCUGUAUCCCGCCUGUCUCCGCGCCCCGUGCACUAGUAUUUUGUAAUGAACGCGAGUAAUAAAAGAAAUAUUAUAAAUACAAUUAAACUUUAGCAUAACUAUGAUAAAUUUAACUACCAUAGAGGUUAUAAAUAAAUUUUUGGGUAAAACACUCAACCCCCUAAAAACAAACAAACACACACACACACACACACACACUUGUAUAAGCUGAUAAUAAACAACAAAAGAAAAGCUAGUAAGUCGAAAGAAGUUAAAAACUCUAGUGUUUAGGAAAAAAAAAAAAACAAAGCAAAAACCUUGUAUAACCUUAGCCCAGCAGGUGGAAAACAAACAAAAAACUACAUUACACAGAGAGUAAUAUAUUUAUUAAGACUAAACGAACGUUUUCGCGGCUGCUAAGAAUACCGAUUAAUUGCAAAUGUUGUAAACAAACAAAAAAACUAGUACCCGAAGGAAGCGGCAGUUUCUGUUUCUCCUGCACGUGUUUAGUCUGAAAGCUGCAUAACUUUAACUGUGAGGAUUCUUAUAGAAUGGAUUACCAAGGAUGAAGAAUAAUGGAGAGAAAAAAAAACAUUGAUUGUAUUUACUUUUUACGUUGUUCGUUUAUUUUCAAAUGCCUAUUUGUUUGCUGUUGUGUAGAACUUUGGUUACUCACUUGCUCUGAGUGAGAAAGGAAAAAGAGAGAUAGAGGCAAGGCACUAAGGAGGACAAACGGCUCUGAAGUAUGUUUUAGUGUUAAUGCUACUUUUAAGUUUGUGGUUCUAGCCUGUGCCCUGUUUAUUAUUUUUUAUGUUGUUGUCUGAGUGCAGAUGAUGUGUAAUGAAAAAUAUAAAGUCUUUGAUUAUUUUAAUAGCAAAUAGGAUUUCCUAUUAUCCGUAGAACGUGAAACAUAGGCCAUGUACAUUUCGUUAAUGUUGACGACCAUUUAGCCACACAUACAUGCAUACACAUUUACUGCCGGUGGACGCUUAAUUGUUCCAUGUUCUAUGGAAUUUCCUGUACAAUUAUGUUACAAUUAUGCGUCCACCGGUAGUUUAGCACACAUACACUCUUCGCUGAAACACCUUCAUACCUCAUUAGUAGUCCCCUGGAAAGGUACGACGAGCAAACAAUAAAAAAAAACAUUCUCCCAUUCAAACAAGAGUAGUAUCAAAUCCAUCACAGCUAUUAAGCGAUUAGGUUUUAGAAGUGCUAAAGAAAAUAUUAGACAAAAGCUGUUUUGUUUGCUUUUUAUUUUCAUUUUUGAGACUUAAACUAGUGAGGUAGCGGACAUUUUAAUCCUCACACAUAAAAACAGGUUAGGAUCGGAAUGUCCUCUACCAAACUGGAUAUCCGUUCAACACGUUGAGACACAUGAUGCUACAAGUCAAUGAAUAACAAUUCUGAAAACUGUUCCUAAUACGAGAAGAAAGUUAAAUGUCUAACAGUGGUAGCUCUACACACAACUCACGCGCAUGCAUCAAUAGUAAAACAAAAUGUCGUUAUAAAAAACAUGUACACACAGAAAGGGAGCUGGCAAAAUGCAAUACAGAAAAAAAAGUGGAUCGUUUCGUUAAAUGUACUGAGUAGCAAUUGUGGAUUGUGGAAUAAAUAUUCUUCCUUAGAUUACGUACCUAUAAUUUUUCUUUUCGGCUUAAAUUGGUUGACGUUGGCUAUUAUUUUCGAUUCUACUGCCGAUUCUCCCGUCGUCCCCUUGCCUGUGCGAAAACAAACUGCGGCUCAUACGCCAAUACACGCAGCAGAUAGCAAAAAUUGUAUGUUGUUUACUAGACUACACGAAUAUAUCUACCCCCCCCCCCCCCCCCCCAAGCCAAGCCAAGAGGAUAGGAAAAUAUAACAAUAUGCGCAGAAGGCAAAUCAGAAGUGAAUUACUAAAAUAGUAUUUAAGGUGACUCUUUAGUGUAUCAUCUCAAAAACAGCGAACGAGCGAAAACAAAACAAAAAAUCAAGGAACUGAAAACGAAAAGGCACGAGAAUAAAGACACACACACA